UCUGUCUCGAUAUGUAAUGUGUGUGUGUGUGUGUGUGUGUGUGUGUGUGUGUGUGUGUGUGUGUGUGUGCAUCUUUGCUGCAGCCGAGUCGCACCACCACCUUUCUUACACAGCCGAUGUACUUAUUGUACGGAGCAGACUGGCUCGACAGUCUACCAUCACAAAACUGUCUCGCCGACUUGUUCAUCUUUCGUCCUGUAGCUGGAGAAAAAACACAGCACAGCGGAGUUUAAAGUCGCCCGCAGCCAUCCAUCUUUCAGGCUUCGUGCCGGCCGUGGUAUGUACCUAGUCCCCAACCACGAUCC